UAUCAACCUGCUGCAUGUUGUGUAACUUUCCCAUAUUUAUUGUAGACUGUUUGGAUGCAGAGGACAACACCUCAGACAUUGGUGUAGGGAACUCAUUCGGUGUCUUGCAGCUGUCAAAGGUUUCACUCUGAACAAUGGAAGAAUUCAUCCAAGAUGUUGUGACAUGCAUAAUCUUCUUUAUUGGACUUCCUUUGGCCCUCGUAGCCAUAUCUUGUCUUCAUUCUCUGGUGCAAAAGGAUAAUGUCGCUCCGAUCUACGUCAUCAACCUUCUCAUUUCCGACCUCAUUCAGUUCUGCUGCAUGAUCAGUUUUGUGGCACAACCUUAUGACCUGCAUAUUGUCGAUGGUGUUUACUUCUCUAGUCUGAUGGCCAGUGCUGGCUUCAUGGUGUGCAUCGCCCUGGAAAGGUAUUUGGUCGUCGCCUGCCCACUGUGGUACAGCUCCAGACGAACCAUCAAGAUCUCUGUGGUGGUCUGUGUCCUGGUCUGGAUCCUUUCUCCCGUCUGUGUCAUCCCUUUGUUUAACCGUGAUUCUGAAGAUUCCACAAGCAUCAUCUUAGUCGGCAUCUUUUUCCUCCUUCCCCUCCCACUGCUCAUAUUUUUCCUGGGUGGGACCCUCAAAGCCCUGUCUGCUUCCAUCUCAGUUCCUGCUGAUGAAAAACGUCGAAUUGUGGCAACGUUGGUCCUGCUGCUGCUUAUUUACACGCUGCUGUUCCUACCCAGACCCAUAAUGGUUCUGAAAGAGGAAGACAUUGGUGGCUCAGUGAUUAGUGUGUUUCUCAGGUUGAGUCCUCUUGCAGACUUAGUUCUGUGUGUUUUCAUGAGGAAAGGGGCCAUAGACAAGUUUUUGGCCUCUGUGUGUUGUUGCUGAAUGGACAGCAAUGAUGUCAGCAGUUCAGCAGUAUAAGUGAUGACAACAUGUUUAAGCUGCAGGGCUUCCGGAAAGUUAUCUGAAUACAGGAAAUUAAGUCUUUGACGCUCAAAAAAAGGGGGAUGGGGUGGAGGGUUUAACAAUAAUAGUUUAACCCCCCCAUAAAUUUAUGAUAAUGAUGAAUGUAAAAUAUUAACUGUUAUAAAAAAAUUAUAAGUGGUUGGCUUUCUUGAUUCAAUGUAAUUGGCAAGCAAAUAAUUUUUUUUUCACACAAACCUCCCCAACUCUGGGUGGGACUGGGUUGCGCCCAAACCUCACAGCACAUAGCAUGGCCAGCACAGCCGGUGCGCUUCAUGAGUUUAUUCAGUAAGCAGAGAAGUGUAAAAGACCGAUCCACAGUCUGGGCUUCUUUUCCUAGAACUCGUAUUUCUUUCAGAGGACUUUGUUCAAUAAAUCCAUAUUCUUCGAUCUAAUAUUGAUAGUCUUUUUUCCAUAUCUUAUUCAUUUUAGGUCAUUUUAUUGUCGUUAGCUAUGAUGCUAAAGCAGUUUUAGCAUUCCCAUGAUGCUUUGGAAAGUUUCUGAACAAUCAGAGGAGUUGCUUUCAGGGCCCAUGAAAUAAAGUCGGAAAUAUACAUAUUUGACCUACCCACAAUGCUGCAAUAUAUAGUAUUGAUUUUGGCUUUUUGAAUUGAUAGACAUUUUGAAAUGAGACAUUUGAAUAUAGUGCUCACUGCUCAUAUGCCUACAUGUAUGUAUCUGGAUAAGUUAGUAAAUUACAUUUGAGAAAUCCCCUUGAUUAUGUCUGAUAUUUUUGGCAGGGGGAAAGCAAGUGUUGGUUUCUCUUUGCAUAAUGAAAAUGCUUUUUUGUUUGUUUUUGACUUGUCUGCUGGGCUGAUGUACUGAUGUAUAUUGAUUUUUACAUUUUGAAUUGAGUGCUGUGCUUUUUGAAUUCGACAUUUUGAAUUGAGACAUUUGAAUAUAGUGCUCAUUGCUCAUAUGCCUACAUGUAUUUAGUUGGACAAAUUGGUAAAUUACAGGGUAGUGGACGGGGGAGGGGGGGUGGCUUUGAGGUUUAGUUUUGUCUUAAUACGGGCUUGGCUGUAGUGCAGGGAAAUAUGAUCCGCCGUGAGCAUGGUGUGUUUUAUUUUGAAAAUUAACCGGAUGUUUUAUUUUGCUUCUGUGCUCGAGUUCCUGUCCCACACUAUCUGCCCAUGCUUUUGACUGUUUGCUUUUCGCCGUUGCAUAUGGCUUGAGUAGAAGUACUGCUGAAAGAGGGAGUUCAUAUCUGACUGCUAUAUCGGCUAGUGGAAAGUUACUGACAGUUUGUGUAGAGCGCUGACAACAGAGGAAGUAGGCCAACCAUAAACUAUUGAAUUAUAUUUGCUUAGCUUGUGGGACACAUAUGAACGGAACAUGUGCGACCAUAAACAAUUGACCCUGGGAGAAGCGGCCUUGACCGUGAGUACUUAAAGGUCCCAUGACAUGGUGCUCUUUGGAUGCUUUUAUAUAGACCUUAGUGGUCCCCUAAUACUG